GCAGCCAUUUUAGUCAUGCAAUGAGGUGAAAAGGAUGAAGAAAGAUAUCUAGUUCUCGACAAGAGGGUUAAUUAUAAUUUGAUUAGGUCCUCUUAGCACCUGUCUGCAUUUUUUUUCAUGCCUCUCCAGUAACUAUCCUCACUCGUACCUUAAUACUCUGAUAUGUAGUUUGGUGAAAAUCCUCUGUAGCGGGUAAGCACCAUCGUAGGUGAACAAGAACAAGAACAUGGCCUCGACCGCCCAGUCUGCACAUAACAUGAAGAAACAGAAUGUGCCCCGGCGGAGCCGCCGGAAAGCCGGGAGGAGCCGCUCCAUGACAGUUAGCCGCUCCAACUGCUCCGUCUCCGACUCACUCAGUCUGAACGAACCCAACGAGCAGAGUUACAUCAAGGAAGGUCUGCCACAAAACACACGAAUCAAAGUAUGCCACAAAAGGACGCAGUACGACAUCUUCCAGUCGCCAAUAUGCCCUGAAGAGUCCUCCAAUGCACCAGACCCGUACGAAUAUUCCGAAGAAAUCGAGAUUCAAGGAGCCAAGACAUCAACACCCAGUAGCGGCGGCGCCCCAGCAAGCAACGCAACGACCAAGGUUGCCAACAAGAACGUGCAGGCGGGUUGCGUGGUGUGCGACCCGCUUCCCGAGAUCGUUCGACACCAGCACAUCAUCGUCGAAGGCGUCGAACCAGUCAGGAGGUCCAGUCUGCGCAACUCGGACAGCACCAGCGCAUCGCCGGAGUCGAGCAGUUCGAACAAAAAAUCUGUCUCUUUCAACAUCCGCUCGUACCGGCAGUUGCCGAAGUGCGUGUACUGCAUCACGAUCGUCAUCCUCAGCGUGGUCCUCCUCAGCCCGGUCAUCUACCUGGCUGUUACCUCCAAAGCGGCCCGAGCCGUCGGUGAAGAGGAAACAAUGCCACCACGAGAACCUCCACAAUCGAUUUCCGAUCUAAACGCCACUUCAUCACACAGUAAGCAUGCAUUUAAGUUGAGCUACAUUCCUGCUUAUUUUACACGUCAUUUAGCUUGCUUUCCUUUAUCGCUGUGGGCAUCUCUUUUCUCGAUAUAUAAUUGCCGAAGACGAUCUCGAAUUUCAUGACAAGCUGAUUCUCAUGGGCUGAAGCUGAACAUCUACAUUUUAGAAUACAUUCUGCAAUAUAGCGCUUAUCAAGUCGAUGGCGCAUGCUUAUGCUGAAUCUCGUGUAGAAUGUCCAUGUUUGAUAAUGCGCGGCAACAAAAAACCGGCUUUCGGUUUUCGUAAUAUGAGCGCAGCUUUCUUUUCCUUCUUCUUUUCUUUUUUUAACAUAUACAGUUUCACAUAGUUUCUGUGCACCGUGUUGUUAGGUAACAUACACGUUAAGAUCUCUUAAAAAUCAUUUAGCGUGUUCGUAUGUUGUCAUUGUACAAAAGAGCCUAAAAGCCAGGUGAACACUCUACGUCCUGAAGGCCUAUAUUUUCUUGACCUUUGCCUUAGUCUUAACCUUACCAAACACCAUAUCCUUCGAAAUCUUAGCACUACCUUAUCAGCUUCUGCGAAACUGCACAAUUUCUCCGAACUUUUCUCGAGUCAUAUGAUCAUAGCAGUUACCCCAAGCGCGUUCAGUAAUUAUAUACGGGACACACAACACCUCCAUUGUCAAGGCGUACUAUGUCAACUAAGUUUCGUUGAUGAUAAGUGCGAUUUCUUGUGAUUUCUUGCGCACCUUGUGAUAAAAGUGAAUAAACUGGUAU